GGUUGAAGCCAUUUUCUUAGAAAUAAUAAUCGUGGCGAUGGCAGAAGCCGACGCCUUCAUCGUUGCGGCGCUACAGCAGAGCGGCUGGUUAGAAGCCGACACGUCCUGGACAGUAGCGGAUCUUUCGUCCGACGCACUUAUCGUCCUCGUGCUCAAGUUCCUAGCGCGUUCACAGCACUCAGAUGACGGCGUGACCUUCGCUCUCCCGUGCGCAGAGGCCAAGGCACCAGUAGGUGUCGCGGCGCGGCAUCGCGUGGGUUCUCAGCUCGCCAAUAUCCUUAAAGUAUGUCAUAGUUUAUAUAGGUAUUUCAUACCUAAUAUUGUAUGGGUCUAUUGUUAAAUUUCACUUCUAUUGUAAUUUUUGCAGGAGCUGGGGUAUGCUGGAGACUGCGGCUACAACCACUUUCUGUAUCCUACUGAGAAGGAGACAAGAAACAUUUUAUCGUGGUUGGUGGGGAAGUUGCCGAGGUCCAAGCUUGAGGAAAAUGAAGACGAAGUUAGCAAAAAUGAAGGUUUGGGCACUAUAGGAGCUGGAUCGGAUGUUGCCGCAUCAGUUCUGGGCAAUGAUCAAUUGGCAAACAUUUUCUCCAAUUGGAAACGAGAGACGACGCUGCAUAUGCUACCGAAUCAGGAUGUCGAGGGGCUGAGAGGGUUUCAACGGCUGCCUUUACAGACUUCACCACUUGAAUUAUCGUGGAACAGACCCAGCACAACGACACACGAAUUGUUUCAGGGAUUCCCGAGUGAUGCCAUUAAACCAACGUCACUAUUGGAGGCUCUAGCUGUAGCAAAACGUGGCUCCACCAUGUUCCUUCGGGAAGAUGAAUAUGAGGAGGAAGAGAUGGAUACUCAGCUGAAAGAGGGACAGGUGGAUGAUCAUCUGAAGGGUGCUGAGAGCACUGGUGAGAGUGGCUUCCUAACUCCACACGAAGCAAAAGCAGAGGACGAUGAGUUCGCUACUAUUCAGCCUCCAUCGUUCCUUUCAAGUGCACUUCCUGACGCUCCAUUUUCACUAAAUACCCCACAACCAGGAGCUAUCGACGCCGUGAUCAAGGAAUGCUCGAUGACAGAAUCAGCUGGUUCAGCCAGAGUUGAAGCAAGUCCAGCCAACGCGGAAAAUAUCGUCGUACUAGGAGACCAAAAAGAGGAACAAUCACUAGACGAAGCUCAGAAGCAGGUAGAUGACACAGAGCACCGUAUUGCUACGAUGCGCAAAGUUCUCGAUCGUGAACGUUCUGAACUACAGCAAGUCGAGCAGCAUGUUCUUGAGACACAAACCACCAGACAAGAAGUACAGAAACAACUCGCAAGACAAAAGCAACUUCUGGCGAUGCUUCCUCAAGCUCAAGCGAACAUUGCAAAGUUAGAAGCAAUUUGCCAGACGAACGCAAAGAAGAAAGCUGAGAUAGCGCAGCAGAUGGAGAUCGCUCGUCAGCCUCUACUCACGGAAUACGCUACGUUGGAAGGUCAGAAAUCCAGUCGCAAAGCUCGAUGUCGACAGCUUAUUCGCGAGAUUAAGGCGUUCCGAACCGAGAUGCUGGAGAUCACUGGCAUUAUCCACUCCAAAAUGGAAAGUGUGAAGGCUCUGGAAAGAGUCCAAGAGCGACAAUUGGCAAAGCUCUGUAAGAAAGACUCGGAUGGUCCCAUGACUCGCAGCAUGUACACGUCACGUAUCAUGGAUAUCAUCAAGCAAGUUCACAAGCAGAAGCAGGAUAUUGCGAAGAUUCUGGACGAUAUCAAGGGGCUUCAAAAGCAACUGAAUACUGCGUCGGAGAAGCUCAAACGGACCGAAGCAGUGGCUGAAGAGAAGCUGUACAGUGCAGCCAGUAAGAGCAAGAGCACCAGCAGCACGAAGACGGAAGCGUAUGUCGAGUGCUAUCGCAAGUUUGCGCAGGUACGCGAGUUGUUCGAAGAGCUCAUUUUGGUCGUCGGUGAUGUCGGAAAGAAGGAAAACGCAGCGCGUGACCUGCAGAACUGGAUCUCGCAGCUUGAAUCGCGUGACAGUAGCACCCAUUUGGACAAUGUGUUGGCUGAUCUGGAGAGUGUACGGCUUGAGAAUGGCACUCUGCAAAACGAGUUGCGAGCAGGGAUCGCGUAGGUUUGCAGCACUGUGUUGGCACUUUUUAAUGAUGAGAUUGUAGUGAGAAUGGCAGCCAUCCAUUGUCUGGAGAUCGAGAUGUUUCUGGGUCCAAAAUCACUGCGGAGUAGGAACAGUUAGUCUGUGUUAGCCAUGUACUGAAGGUACUGUACAAACCGUUGAACAAGUCUGCAGUGGCCUUGGGUACCAGUUCAGCGGUGACAGUAGUGCUGUGACUGACAUCAGGACUCACGUUCACCUCUAGUAGCCAUACGUGAUGGUUUUCGUCAACGAGGAAGUCGAACCCAAGCCACUCGAAACCUCGCUGAAAUAUAAAACGGUUAGGCUGUGUCGGAUGUACCUGCUGUCAUUGAUACUUACCCCGACAACGUUGAGCUUUGGCAGUGCAGCUUCCAGUGUUAACCGUGCAAUAUUCUGCAUCUGGGGAAGGAUUGUGUCAUUCCAGAUAUCCCUUCCGUGUUCUUGUCUGUAUUCACCGAGAGAAUAAGCAAAAUAAAAGAACUUACACGGUCGAGAUGCUCACCUCAGCGUAUCCCGAAACUUCUCUGACGACCACAUGAGCUCAAAUGGAUCCUUGUUAGCCGCCUCCGAGUCUUUUUGACCCAAGUCGCCCAUUUUGUCUGGCUCAAAAUACUGCUGAACUGAGUAAUUGCUGAGGUGCACGAAUCGAUCAUGCUGCCGGGCCAGCGCAAAUCUACGAGAGCAAAAGCGCAAGUAGCUUUUGUAGAACCAGAACACCGUCGGCUGUG